UGACUUAUUCUCGAACCAAAAUUUCAAUAUCUUUCAAAGAAAAUCAAUUUCUUGGCGCAAACCUAACAUUAUAAUUUUGAAAAAUCUAUUUUUUAUUAAUAUCUAUAAAAUAAUUACUAUAGAGACCAAUGAAUCUUUGGUGGAAAAUAUAAAAUUAGAACGGUAGGCGUACAGCUGCGCAGAAGUGGCGGCCAUAUUGAAUUUCCCCCACCCAAAAUAAAGUGCCUUAUUAUAUUGAGGAGUAAAAUGUCCGAAGCAGCGCGAGUUUGAACGUAAAUGAGAAACUGAAUGGUCGAACCUUUUUUUAUUCUCUACCACUACACAAUGAGUCUACCUUUAUUGAACUCGGGUCAUGGCUGCUGGGCACAUGGUUUUAACAUGGCCUCAGUAUUGUAAAACCCACGUUCCUCUCUAGAACUUUAUCGAGAAGAGAAAAAUUUGUACAAAAGGCAAAAAUGACAAAAAUUUAUAAUUUUGAAUCAAAAAUAACAUAUCUUGAAUUUUGGCAAUUUUUACCUGAUAAAAUACUAGGUAUAAAUGAUAGUCCGGAAAGAAUUAGUAUUUCCAAAAGUAUGACUAUUUACAGAGGAGUUCUUAUCAAAUUAAUACAAGAUGUUGUUGACAUAAUUCCUUGACGUCAAAUAUCAGAUGUUACAUUAUCCGACUGUGUUUAAUAGUUUCAUGUUACAAGCACGAAUAUCAGAGAGAAAAAAAGAGACACACAACCGGUAUGUGUUGCUUUUGCAUGCACUUGUAGUGGAACUUUGAAGAAAGACGUCGUUCAAAAAGGGAUCAUGAAUCGUGAGAGAAUUCCAUUAUUAUUUCGUGACAUCAAUUCGGGACUGUCAGUGUUUUUUGCCACAAUCUGUAUAAUUGAUAUUUUUGGAGUGUUUCCCAUUAUUGCCCUGCCAAGAGCAAUCGUUCAAUGUGGUUUUUAUGGUAUCCCUCUUGUAUUGGUGGUAUUUGGUCUUCAAAUUUACACAGCGUCUUUACUUGGGAAAUCAUGGAUUAUUGCAACAGCUUUGGAUCCUCAUAUUUCGCGCAAAAAUCGUUAUCCACUGGCAGCUGUAACAGAAUUAACAUUGGGACCAAGAGCUCGAAGCUUAGUUACACUUCUUUUGGAUCUUACAAUUUUUGGUUGCGGAAUACCAAAUAUAUUAGUGGCAUCACAAAGUCUUCAACUCUUUGGCCUGAAGGUAUCAAAUAGUGAAUUUGACCUAUCAUUUUGCUAUUGGUUGUUGGUUGUCGGAUUUUUCUUAUGUCCAAUAAUGUGGCUUGGAAGUCCUCGUGAUAUGAAAUGGUUGGCAAGUAUUUCAGCAUUAUCUGUGAGUUUAACGGCUGCUAUUGUUUGGUGGUGCAUUAUUGAAGACGAUAGUUCACUAUCCGUUCCUUCGGUACCGACGUCGCCAGCCUGGGAUAAAUUUAUUUCAGGGUAUGGAAUGUUGGCCUUUCAAUUCGAUGUGCAUCCAACAUUGAUGACCAUUCAGGUGGAUAUGAGACAACCGCAGAGUAUCAACAAGGCUGUCAUGUACUCCUUUUUAGUUAGCGGUAGUUUGUUUGGUAUCACUGCCGGUUUGGCUGUUUGGAAAUACGGUGGCGGUACAACGGCAAAUGUUCUUCAAUCAAUUUCGCCGAGUUAUGCCAUAAGAGCGGCAAUUUUAAUUACUGCUGUUCAAUUAUGCCUCUCGAGUGCAUUGGGACAUUCCGCUCUGUUCCAACACCUAGAGGAUCGUUGGCGAAUUCAAAGAUCUUUCGGUUGGAAACGCUGCGCACUGCGUUCAGCAAUAGUGUUUCUCGGCGUUGCUGUCGGCGAAUCAGUACCUCGUUUUGACAUUGUCAUGUCCCUAAUUGGUGGUACCUUAACUGGACCACUGGUAUUUGUCCUACCACCAAUAAUGUACAUUCGUGCUCGAGCCUUAAAAGAACGUGCCGAGGGAAGACCAUCAACGCCCGAAGUAUUCUCCACCUAUCGUCGAGAAUCAAAUCAGGAAAUUUUAUUCGAACCAAAAGCACAUUCACAAUCGAUUUACUAUGGUUUUCCCGAUGGCAAUACAAAUCCAUAUCGUUACGCCUAUAUUUAUUACGAUAAAGAUCAAAAUUCAACGGAAUUGACUGAGAUUGAUGACGACGAUGAUGAGGAUGAUAGUUCAGCGAAGGAGGGCUUUGCCAAAAAUGAUUUACAAUUAACACGACAAAGAUCAAGUAAUGAUCGUCCAAUGUUAAUUGAAGCCAGUAGAAUUAAUCAACGACGUAGAAGAGUAAUUUCAGUUGAAGCGCCCGGUGGUUUGAGAAGUUAUUGGAAUUUGCAGACGUUGUUCGAUUUUUUUGGUUAUUUUGUCGUUUUACUAGGUAUUUUAAUAACAAUCUCAUCGACUUAUAUUAAUGUGAAGAAUACCAUUAGAUUCGUCACUUUUACACCGCCUUGUAUAUUUAAUGUCACUGCUGCAUUUUCUUCUCUAAACAUUUCGCAAACUUAAUUUUUAUAUUUUAUCGACAAAUUUUUUUGGUUUUUCUUCUGAAAUUUUAUUUGCAUAUUUAAAUUUUGUUACUUAUGCGUAAAAGACUGAAAUUUGCAAUAAGUGUAUAACAUCUUUUACACUACAAUUUAGAAAAAUAUACGUGACGCACUCCGAAGAAAAAUUUUUUGUAUAGGUACUACAUGCCUUUCUUCUGAGUGCUUCAUAUAUUUAAUUCUUAACUAUUUUUAUUCAUUUUUUAUGUUUAGAUAAUGUUUCAAAUAUUUUUAAUUAAUUAAAACUUUAAUGAAGUUAAAGUUAAAGUUUUUUUAUUUAUCAUUAAUGAAUGAUAUUUGCGAUAUACUGAUAAUCUUUAUUUAAU